AUGCCAUCCACAUCUAUGGCUUUGACGCCAGGGUUGGCGUCCUUUCUCCGGUCGUUGAAGACCAAUCCGAUUGACACAUCUAUCGAUAAUCUGAUCUCACUCCUCAAGCGAAGACAGAUUCGUCACUCCCGAUCAUGCGCUACCGCAACCGCUUACCUUCUCCUUCGUGUCAUCUCGGCCUGUCGGACAUCAGAUGCAGCUAAGCUUAUUGAGCGGGUCCAGAGUGUGGGAAGGCGGCUGGUGGCUGCGCAACCCAAGGAGAUGGUAGUCGGUAACAUUGUCAGGCGCGUGCUGGGCCUGAUUCGGGAUGAGGCCGAAGAUGACAGGGAAGCCGACUUCAACCUGAGUGAAGCAUCUGAGAGCCAGCCUCAAACACCCCGUGCCUUGGAUGGCUCGGACCGAGGGUCUUCCCGACCACCUUUGUCGCAGCCCGCACCGAUCUCCAUGUUCAGUCUACUUUCACACCCGGAGCCCGAAACGUCGCUUCCCGGCACCCCUGCAUCAGCUUCUCCAUCCGGAAGACUGCUGGGACACGUACAAAGCAAGGACGUUCGUGCUGAGGUUCUCGAAGGUGUCAAUGAGAUUAUCGAUGAAUUGGGCCAAGUAGAUGACCAGAUUGCGGCCUAUGCCCUCGACCAUAUCCACUCCAACGAGAUCAUCCUCACCCAUACCUCGUCCACUACCGUCCAGAAGUUCUUGCUGAAAGCUGCCGCCAAGCGGAAGUUCACCGUGAUUCACGCCGAAUCCUAUCCCAACAACCACGAAGCUACACAUGCCACUGUCAGCGGCAACAGUACUGGCGAUGAAGAGAUCCUGAGCACUGAAUCUUUCCAAAAGCCUCUGAUCGCUCUGGGCAUCACAGUCAUCCUGAUCCCGGAUUCUGCUGUCUUUGCGCUCAUGUCCCGAGUCAACAAGGUCAUCUUGGGCACACAUUCCGUUCUUGCCAAUGGUGGGCUGGUUGCCUCCGCAGGGACCCGGGUUAUUGCUCGCGCAGCAAAGGUGCACCAGACCCCUGUCGUGGUCGUGAGCGGCGUAUACAAACUUAGCCCUGUGUAUCCGUUCGAUUUCGACUCGCUAAUCGAAUAUGGCGACUCCAGCAACGUUAUCGGCUACGAGGAUGGCGACUUGGUGGAUCAGAUCGACGUUCAAAACCCUCUGUACGACUACGUCCCGGCAGAGUUGAUCGACCUCUAUAUCACCAAUUUAGGAGGCCACGCACCGUCUUAUCUUUACCGUAUUGUGUCCGACCACUAUCGCAAGGAGGACAUCAGCUUUUAA